AUGUCCUGCGCUGCGUUUCGUUUUCCUCUGCCCGGUUGCCAGCGGCUUAGUCGGCUGUUUGUGUCGCCUGCACCUGUCUGCGGGCAGUACGGCAGUGACGCUCCGGUUACGUUUCUCGAUUUGGAUGAGACGCUGCCCGAUAAACGAGACCUGCAGCCCCAGCAGCACAUCUUUAUGGAGGUCCCUGCAUGUGAUACUGACGAUGACUGCGGAGAGACAAGUCUUGAGUUAAUAGUACGGAAGGAGUGGCUUUUGCUGACUGUUUGGAUUGUAGGGCUGUCCGACGUGUUUCUGCAUGUGCAGCUCUCAGGCAAUGGCGUGCGCAGAGAAGAUAGCAACACUGACUUCAGGGUGGCAGCCGUACUAGCGUCGAUGUCCUGCGCUGCGUUUCGUUUUCCUCUGCCCGGUUGCCAGCGGCUUAGUCGGCUGUUUGUGCCGCCUGCACCUGUCUACGGGCAGUACGGCAGCGGCGCUCCGGUUACGUUUCUCACCUUUGAUGCGACGCUGCCGAAAUGA